AUGUCACCCAAGAAAAGAGUCUCAACCAAUCGUAAUAGUUUAAAGGAUACUUCAAUCGAACAAUCUAUCACUCAAUCAUCUUCAUCUUCUUCUUCUUUAAAUUUAGAUCCACUUGACUUUUCAAAACCUCAACCAGAUGAUCAUCAUCAUUCGAUUACAUUAGAAUCAAAUCUAAAACCAACAAGUUCAGAAAAAAGAAAAAUUCAACUCAGAUCGGCACAAAGAACUUUUAGUCAACGUAGAAAACAACGUGAAAAGUUGACAUCUUCUCAACUUGUUGAUGCAACUAAUUUGAAUCGUGAAAUGAGAAGUACGAUAGCAAGAAGUCAAGCAGAACGUGAAGUUUUACGCCAAUAUGUUUCGAAAGAAGUUUUAGAAGAAGCCAAAAAACGGUUUCCAAUCCCAACGAAUUCAGAACCGAGUCUACAACCUUUACCAGGUUAUCAUUCACCUAAUCUAGAUUCCUUUAAUGAUUUAUUGAUCACCCCUCUUCCGAAUCGAUUUCAUCAAGAUGAUGUGAUCGAUGUGAAUGAUGAGAAUUCGAUUCCACAAGGUUCUUCUAAAACACAUGAUCGAGAUGUGAUCAGAGGAAAAGAUCAAGGGUUGGGUGAUCCUGCUUUAUCAUCACAAGAUACGUUUUGGAAUUCUAAUUAUCCAGGAAUUAAAUCCGAUCAAUUGGUUUCUGAUAUGAAACCUAUUCUAGAAAACAGAACAGGUUCAGAUGAACAGAUGGAAUUGGAAGAAACCGAACCGACCCUCAUGAUCAGUUCGAAUGUUGAUCUAUCGAACGGUUUCAUGAGCAUGAAUGAAGGCACAUCUGCAACUGAUUAUCAUCAAUUUGAAACGUGUGGAUCUCCACCUGAAUUACAAUUUGAUGAAGGUUGGGGAGAGUUUUGGGAAAUUCAUUAUGACGAAAUUGAAGAAGAAGAGAAAGAAGAAGUUGAAGAGGUAGUGGAAAAGAAAGAAAGUCAAGAAAAAUCAAAAGUGAAGAUUCAAAAUCCAGAAGAUUCGAAAAAUGUGAUCAUCAAAAAAGGAUUAACAGGAGAAGAAAAGAAGACAGAAGUGAUGAAAGGACAUGAUUCAGCACUUGAAGGAAAAAGAGGAGGAAAUGAAAACGAACGGAAUGUAGCGACUCAAGAAGCAGGAAGUCAAAAUGAUUUAGCUCAACCUAUGCCCAAGAAUUGGAGACCACCUAAUUUAACUAAAGGUGAAAGUGUUAGACAAAUGUUAAAAGGAACUCAAGCUUGGGGAAGAUUAAUGUCACAUCCAUUAGCUGCUCAAUGUGAUAAAGAUGAAUUAGCAAGAGCAUUACAAAAACAAGCUAAAUGUGCUAAUGGAUCACCAGUGGUUUCAAGAGAUGAUGUGAUGAAGAUUUGGCUAUCGAUACCUGGAAGAGUUAAAGGAAAAAGAGCGGGAUAUAAAUUAGGUGAAGAUGGUAGAGGUGAUGUAGAUUUAGGUGAUUGA